UUGUAUUUUGCUUGAACCAAGCAAAUGGAAGAGCGAUUGUAUUCUAACCUAAUUUUUUUCUUUUAAUUUUAAUCAUUCAAUUUUUAAUAAAAAAUAAUAAUUUAAAUCGUUAGAGGCAUUUUGUGAAUUUUCCAUGGAUAAUCUGACAAAACAAAUAGAAGAAAUAGAAGCUCUUACAGCUAUCUAUGGCUCAGAGUUCCAAAUUGAAGAUGGAAUGAAUAGAUCUUACAGUAUAAAAAUUGUAAAUGGAUGCAAUAGUAAUUUAUAUGUAAAAUUGUAUGUGAAAUUUACAGAGUCUUAUCCUUCAGAAUCACCUCCAACAUUUGAAAUUUCAGCACCACAUCUACCUCAUGAAACCAAAUUACAUUUGAGUAAUCAAUUGGAGGAUGUUUAUUUAUCAAACAUUGGUCAAAAUGUUAUUUUUCAAUGGAUAGAAAGAAUUAGAGAAGAAUUAUACAACUACUCUCCAAAUGAAACAGAUAUAAAAGAGGAAAAUCACGUAACUAAAACCCCUAAAGCACCAAUUGAUAAUAAUAUUAUAGAAAACUUUAAAUGUCCAUCAAUUACACAUGGUGAAGUCAUCUUUGAUAGAAAAAGUUCUUUCCAAGGGCAUACUGCUAUUGUUUUUUCUGUUGAUCAAGUAAAACUUGUUUUGAAUAAACUAAAGGAAAACAAGAAAAUACUCCAAGCAACGCAUAAUAUGUAUGCUUAUAGAAUUUAUAAUGAAAGUACAAAGUACUUUUUACAUGACUGUGAUGACGAUGGCGAAGCACAAGCUGGUCGUAGAUUGAUGCAUUUGCUAGAGAUUAUGGAUGUAAAAAAUCUUAUAGUUGUAGUUUCUAGAUGGUAUGGUGGCAUUCAUCUUGGACCUGAUCGUUUUAGGCACAUAAAUAAUGCGGCUCGUCAAGUUUUAACUGCUGCCAAUGUAAUAAAAAAUAUAGAAAACAAAUAAGUAUCGGGAGAUUACUAAUGCAUACGAUUAAUGUAAAAAGUUCAUAUUUUUAUAAAAAAAAAUUCUGUUUUCUUAAUUCUUAAAACAACUGUUUUGUACAUUUAUAAACAGAAUAAAAGGCAAUUAUUUAUAUAGAAACAUUUG